AUGGCGGCAAAGUUGGAAGAGUCGAGCUCAGAGCUCUAUGAGCGCUGCACAAAUGCGGCUCUCAGUUCUCCAGAAGGACGCGCCAAAAUCUUUGGACAGGAUGAAUUGCUCAAGAUGGGAGUGGUGGAUAGUGCUCAAGCGCUGUUGGAGCUGGUGCAAGGUUUGAUGGAUGCGCAGUUGAUCCGCUUGAUGCAAAUGGAGGGCAAAAUCUGUUAUGCGCUGCGCACUAAGGAUGAUGCUGCCAAGAUUGUCACGCUCAACGACGAUGAACGCAUGGUAUACAACCAGAUCGAGAACAGCGGCACCAAUGGCACAUGGACAAAGACAAUCAAACAGCGUACCAAUAUCCAUCAAACCACCGUUACGAAAGCCAUGAAGACACUCGAGAGCAAGAAGCUCGUUAAGCCCGUCAAGUCGAUCAAGAAUCCUGCCCAGAAGAUUUACAUGCUUUAUCACCUGAGCCCGAACGAAGAUGUCACUGGAGGACCAUGGUUCAGCGACGGCGAACUGGAUGUCGAAUUGAUCGCUAUCACCGCAGAUGCUGUGAUCCACUUCAUCGCACAAAACAGCUGGAAGACUGUCUAUAUCAAGCGCGAAGCCACUCCUGAUGCCGACGGAAUCUCAAAGAAGAGGAAGAGAAAUGACACAGCAGACAUUGAAGGCUCACAUCCAAAGUCACGCAGAGCAGGCGGCUACGAAACACAAAUCUCCUACCCGGCAGGCUGGCGUGGUUAUCCGACUGUCUCCGCUAUCCAUCAUUUCAUUACAGAGGCCGGAUUUCUGAAGGACAGCUCAGCACUCGCCGAAUCCGAUCUACAGAAUCUGCUCGAUGUCCUGGUGUUUGACGAGCGUAUUGAAAAAAUUGGAAAUGGCUACAGAACUUGCAAGGGCGUCUUUGGAGCUACGGAAGCCAUGAAGAAUAUCAUGCAGGGAAGACAAGUGGCAGAUGCAGUCGAGGAGGUUGAAGGCAAUGGGUUGAGCCAGGCACCUUGCGGAAGGUGUCCAGUCUUCAAUCUUUGUGAAGAUGGUGGCCCUGUCAAUGCGAAGAACUGCGAGUACUUCCAGACCUGGCUGAGAGCUUGA